UGUAUCAUAUUUAUUUUCUAUUCCCUUAAUCCUUACUUUUUUUUUUCUUUCUAAAAAGGUAGUGCUGAUUUCAUGUAAAGAAUAAUAGCUAGCUUAUAUUAGACACCAUCCAUGUAGUAUAAUGUGUGAGCAUUUCGUUUCAUAAUUUUGUGAUCUUUUAGUCUCUUAACUUAGGAAAAGAAACAAUGACUAGGAAAUGUUUCAUGUUGUUUUUUGCUUUUAUUGUUCUACUUGGUUUGUUAUCUCCAACUUCAGCUACACCACCACCUGCUAAAAUUGUUACUGGAGUUGUUUCAAAUGUUGUUUCUUCUCUUCUUAAAUGGAUAUGGUCACUAAAAUCCAAACCAAAAGUUAAAGUACCAGUGCAACAUAGUCGAUCCAUGGUGAAAUUUGAGAGUGGUUACAAUGUGGAAACAAUAUUUGAUGGAAGUAAGCUUGGAAUUGAGCCACACUCAAUUGAAAUAUCUCAAGAUGGUGAAUAUUUGGUUCUGGAUUCUGAGAACAGUAACAUCUACAAGAUCUCAAGUCCAAUGUCAAGAUAUAGCAAACCAAAACUGCUUGCUGGAUCUUCUGAGGGGUAUAUUGGACACAUAGAUGGAAGGUCUAGAGAUGCAAGACUUAACCACCCUAAAGGACUUACAGUUGAUGACAGUGGCAAUAUUUACAUUGCAGACACAUUGAAUAUGGCCAUCAGAAAGAUCAGUGAUGAAGGGGUAACAACCAUUGCAGGUGGAGGAAAAAGAGGCCAAUUAGGAGGCCAUGUUGAUGGUCCAAGUGAGGAUGCAAAGUUUUCAAAUGAUUUUGAUUUAAUUUAUGCUAGAAGUAGUUGCUCUCUUUUGGUGGAUGAUAGAGGAAAUCAAGCAAUUAGAGAGAUACAACUCAAUCAAGAUGAUUGCAUUACUAGUACUACUACUACUAAUGAUGAAUAUGAGUAUGACAAUAGUUUCCCCUUAGGAAUAGCUGCUCUUGUUUCUGCUGGAUUUUUUGGUUAUAUGUUAGCAUUACUUAAGAGGAGGGUGACGGAUAUGUUUUCAUCUUCAGAUGAUUCAAGGGCGCAUAUAAGAACAAAAGGAACACCAUUUGCAUCACAACAAAGGCCUCCUCCUAAAUCAGUUAGGCCUCCUUUAAUCCCAAAUGAAGAUGAAUUUGAGAAACAUGAUGAAGGUUUCUUUGUUUCUCUUGGAAGGCUUUUAGUGAACUCAAGUUCAUCAAUGGGGGAAAUAUUUUUAAGCUUGUUCUUAGGAUCCAAAAGAAAACCACUUUCAUAUCAUCAAUACCAACAACAUCAACAACAAUAUCACUAUGCAAAUAGACAACAUUCUAAUUCAUGGCCAAUGCAAGAAAGUUUUGUGAUUCCGGACGGAGACGAACCACCUCCUAAUAUGGAAACAAAAACACCUACACAAAGGAAAACAUAUCCUUACACAAACAAAGAAUUGGAAAUGUUGGAAAAAACAAGAGAUAACGGUUUCUAUGAAACAAAUAUUUUCCCUCCGCCUGUGCCGAUAAAUAGACAAACAGAAAGUACAAUUUCAAAGCACAAUCGUGCAUACUUGAACAUGUUAGACAAAAGUUAUGAUCAUGAACAACUACAACAACAUCAUCAUCAUCAUCAUCAAGAACAACAACAACAUCAAAAUCAUCAUCAACAACCACAACAUUCGAAGGUGCAAAGUCAUUAUUCUUCGACUACUCCAUCGAGUUACUAUGAGAAGAAUUGUGAAACAAAUGAGAUUGUGUUUGGUGCAGUUCAAGAACAUGAUGGAAGACGUGAGGCUAUGGUGAUAAAGGCUGUUGAUUAUGGUGAUCCAAAAUUUAGCCACCAUAAUAUUCGUCCUAGGUUAAAUUAUGUUGGUUACUCUCAUAAUUAUUGAAGAUUAGUGUGUUGAUUUUGUAGCAUCAAAGUUCAUGAAGUGAUAAUUAGUACUUUUGUUUUAUAUUAUCUACCGGAGAAUGUAGCAGUAUUAAAACUCUUGAAUGAGAAAUUGAGAAUGUUUGUUCUUAUA